GAACAGUGCCUACCUACCUUUGUUAGUCGUGCAUUAUCCUUUCCAGUCAUUGUUACUCGUUCUCUCAACUACUAAUCAGUCUGUAGUGGCUACAACGCUCUCUCAGUGAAUAACAAGUUCAGCACAACGUUCUCUCAGUGAGUAACAAGUUCAGCACAACGCUCUCCUUCUCUAAACGACCUACUUACUCCAGUCAGCCUACACCGCCAACGUUUGAGGAAGAUUUCACCGAACGGACAACUCACUCAACAUGUCCAGUCAAGACGUCGAUGAAUUUGCUGUUGAGGUACGGCGACGGGAUGCCACAACGGAAAGUCUUCAGGCUGCUGUGCCUCCUGAGCAGCCGCAAUUGUCCUCCACAUCACGUAAAGUGACAUGGAAAUGGACAUCAUCAUGGCCAUUAACAUCACACUGCUACUCAAUGGGAACAAUGCUCCUUUUUGUGAUCUGCCGUGCGGGUCAGCAUCUUCGUGAUGAAAUCCUCUACACUAUUGUACACUACAUAUUUAGUGUACAUAGUGUAGAGGUGAAUGAGCAAGACAAAGCUGGCGGCGACAUGACACUACUGCACCACUGUGCAGACUGUGGAAAUGAUCGACUAGCAAAUAUACUCAUCGGACGAGGAGCUGAUGUCAAUGUGCAGGACAGCGGGGCCGGACGAUGGACUCCACUUCACUGGGCAGUCUACCAGAACAAGAUCGACGUUGUCAAGGUGAUGCUGUCACAUGACAGUGACGGUGUCACCUUGGAUACCACACUGCGUACCAGUGAUGGGAAAACAGCGUUGGAUGUAGCCAGGGAAGAGAAGCAUGAGGGAUGUGUGCAGUUGCUGGUGGAUCACGACAGUGCGAAGGAGGCCAAACAGCUGCAGGCAAGAGAUACUGCUGUUCUGCGAAGUAUCAGUGACCUCGAAGCAGCAGAGCAGGAGGCAGCCAAGUUGGGCGGUACGACCGUCAUCCAUUUCCUGCACGUGGCAAUACUUGGUGCGGCACGCGUUGGAAAGACCAGCUUGCUGAAGGCGUUGCUUGAGAAGAUGCACGAUGAGAAUGAACUCAGCACGCCCGGCAUGCGCACGUCCUACGCAACUACAAACAUCUCUGAUGACGGUCGAUUCAUCGAAUGCCCAGACAUGCCAGAUGCUCUGAGUCGACUCUACGUCAUCACCAUGAUGUGCAAACCAUCCACUUCGAAUCAUCCCCAAGACGAAGAGACAACACAAGAUGGCAGAGAGAGAGCCCCAGCAGGAGAGGAUCCUGUGGCUGGGACCCAUGCAGGACCUAUGGAGGACAGCAGUAGCAGCAGCAGCAGCACCAGCGACGGGCCAGCAAUGCGCGAGGAAAUCCACGAGACCAUCACAGGAUUUCUCAAUGCAGACCGGGUAAAGUACAUCUCUGACCGGGCCAACACGCCCGGCUAUACCGUCAUCACAUUCCGCGACCUUGGAGGGCAGCAAGUCUACCAAUCCGUGCAGCCCCUCUUCAUGGCCAAAAACACAACCUUUAUUGCCACAUACAACUCUUCUCUGGACCUUCUAAAGACCCUUCCCAAGCUCGAUGAAUUUCAGGUCAGCCGGGAAGAAUGUAUCGAGCGGGCCACUCUACCGGCCAAUGCGACUCGCCUAGACCAGCUGCUCGGCUGGCUCGACAUGCUGCUGCUGAAUGCGAAAGCUGACAGCAGCACAGACCAGAGUGCUGCAGAUGAUGUGUUUGUAGUGGGGUGUCAGAGUGACAGGUGGAACAAAACCGAUUUGCCUGAUCCUAGUAAACUACUUCAAGAGAACAUAGAAGGUUCACGGUAUAAGAACCUUGUCUGGAACGAAACAUCGUACUUUAAAAUCGACAACACCAGAUCUACUGGAAGUGCAGCACAAGCAGAUGAGCUGCAGCGAUUGAGAGAGGCCAUCAUCGACCGCUGCCAGAAGAGCCAACGUAACAUCCCUGUUCCAUGGCUCCGAUUCUGCAUAUCCAUACACACGCUCAAGCAGGAGGUCACGUGGCCUUGGAUUUCCUUCAAGGAGGCAAAGUUCAUAGCGAAGCAAGUCAAGGCUGUUCCACAUGACUGCAGUGACCGGCAAAUACAGCUGCUGCUGAAGUACUGCCACGAAGCAGGCCACCUGGCGUACUUCCCAACGUUCAAGCUGAAAGACACGGUCAUCCUGGAGCCCCAGUUCAUCCUGGACUGUGUCAAUGCCUUUGUCUACAUGAAGCCUGACCGAGACAUCACAGUGCACGAAGCGCGGCGGUGCUAUCGUUCUGGGUUCAUGACGGAGUCCCUGGCACGCAAAGCUCUCAACAAGAUGUUCGAGGGUCAGUCUUACUGCGACCAUGCUAAGGCGUGGCAAGCAGUCAGAGCAAGCAGUGAUGGGUUCAAGCUCAUUUUUGAAAUCCUAGAAUGGCUCUCAGUCCUGGUAAUUGUGCAGGAUGAGAGGUCUGCUGAGCACGAGUUUAUUGUACCUGCAGUCGUCCGGGACAUGGGCACGGACGAACAGCCGCCUUCUUCU